UCAUACAAUAGUUGACCUAAUCCCAUAAAUAACGGCGACCUCAAAUUUGUUUGUUGGAUGCCACCGCGACACAUUAGAGUUUCGUACGUGACUCAAUCUCAGCCGUUAAAUAGUCCACGACUCUCACCAAUCAUCAACUCCGUCAAAUCCACGUCGGACACCACCCCCUCUCUCUCUCUCCCCUCUCUCUCUCUCUCUCUCUCUCUGCAAAUCCACGGGACAACGACGCAACCAUGUCGACGAUCUCACGAACAAAGCCCUAAUUUUCUCUCUCCCCCCGAAUUUUCCCCAAUUUUGUUUCCCCCAAUCACUCAUUGACCAAUUUCAGAAAUUCUGUUGAAUUCGAGUCGGUUAUCUCCCGAACUCAUUUUCAGGCGUAAUUUUGACUCGGAAGCUGCUUUGUAAUCGUCAAAGAGCGGGGGUUUGAGCUGGUGUUAGCUGAGUUGACGCGCUGAUUCUUGUUGCCGAGUCAAGGCUCGUUAAUUUAUUUUAUUAAUUUGCGGAUGGUUUGAAGUUGAGUCUUGUAACAUAUAUAGGAAUAGGAGGAAGUUUAGUGAAAACCAUGGGUAGUAGCGAAGUGGAUAAAUCACCCAAGGAUGGAAAAGAAGCGAAGGAGCCGAAAACUUCUACUCCACAGGAGCAGACUGCUCCAGGUGCAGUUGCUCCGGAUUGGUCUGGUUUUCAGGCGUAUUCUCCUAUGCCCCCACAUGGGUUCAUGGCAUCGAGUCCUCAGUCACAUCCCUACAUGUGGGGAGUCCAGCAAUUUAUUCCACCCUAUGGCACUCCACCACAUCCAUAUGUUGCCAUGUAUCCCCAUGCGGGUAUAUACGGACAUCCAAAUAUGGCUCCGGGAUCUUAUCCUUUUAGUCCCUUUCCUAUGCCUUCUCCUAACGGCAUUCCUGAAGCCUCUGGUAAUGUUCCAGGGAACAUGGAGGUGGACGGCAAGUCAUCUGAGGGGAAGGGAAAACUUCCCAUCAAAAGAUCCAAGGGAAGUUUGGGCAGUUUAAAUAUGAUUACGGGGAAGAAUAACGAUUCUGGCAAGAAAUCAGGUGCCACUGCAAAUGGUGCUCAUUCUAAAAGUGCCGAGAGUGCGAGUGAAGGUUCGUCUGAAGGAAGUGAUACAAAUUCUCAUAAUGGGUCCCAAGCUAAGUCCGGUGGCCAGAUAGAUUCAGAACCCUCUCAGAAUGGCAGUACUGGCCACAGUUCUCAAAAUGGAGGACCAAAUACAUCUCAUGCAAUGGCAAAACAAACAAUGGGCAUGGUGCCGAUUUCAGCUGUGGGUGGUGUACCUGGUCCCACCACUAACUUAAAUAUCGGAAUGGAUUAUUGGGGUGCCGCUGCCACACCAUCUUCUGGUAUUCCUGCAAUGCGGGGUAAGGUUUCUGCUACUCCAGUUGCAGGAGCAAUGGUCACUACUGGAUCACGAGAUAGUAUACAGUCACAGCACUGGGUUCAGGAUGAAAGGGAGCUCAAAAGACAGAGAAGAAAGCAGUCAAACAGGGAAUCUGCUCGUCGAUCCAGAUUGCGCAAACAGGCAGAAUGCGAUGAACUGGCCCAGCGUGCUGAUGGUUUAAAAGACGAAAAUGCAUCUCUCAGGGCAGAAGUGACUCGUAUAAGGAGUGAAUACGAGCGACUUCUUGCUCAAAAUGCAUCUUUAAAGGAGAGAAUUGGUGAAAUUAACGGUCAAGAUGAUCCAAGGUGCAGUAGCAAGGAUGCUCAAUAAUCGAGGCAGGCAAAUUGCGUGAAAAGUGGGCCACGCAAAUCUUAUGGCCCUGUUUCAUAAUAAUUCUUAAUGGAUAUCGAAGCUAACUUAGGGAACCCCCCAUAUUUUACAUAGUAUGUAGUUAAAAUUCAUAAAGCUGACCAUUUAGUCUCAGGACUUGUAUGUCAAAACAUAUACACCACCUGUUGUCAUUCUCGCUUCGACCAGCUUUUAUGGCCGGGGAAUGCAGAUGGUAAGUUAAUAUGCGAUUUAACCUCGAUUCUGUUAAAAGGGGUUUUGCAUAACCUUUUUUUUUCUUUUUGUAAUUUAUCUCAAUUUAUAUGUUACUCAGUAUGAUUGGUCGGAAAAGCUAACUUGGAGACGGUAUAGAACUGUAAUCAUUGUGGAUCUUGAUAUAUCCUUUGGUGUGAAAUAAUUACUUAUUUGGGAUCUAUAUUU